AUGCCGGCCUAUGACCAGGAGACCUCUCUGAACCAGACAGACACUACGGUUACUGUGCUGCUGAAGCCGGCCCAGAGCAGAGGUGCACCUGUGAGUCACGAUAAACACUUGGGCCGCCUUGUGAAGCUCAAUUUCACAGGCUCUCCUCAACAGUGUCCCUCACAGAUUAUCCGCGGUCAGGCCUGUCAGAUUGGCUUCCCCCCGCGCACGCCGAUGCUGUCCCACGAUUGUCUGCGCUCGCAAUGA